AUGUCACAUUUUCCAACGAUCUUAGAAGGGGUGAAGAGUGAGACAAGAGAGGAGGAGGCAGCAGAGGAGAAAUUGAGACCUGGAGAGGGAAGAUCGGAAACCAUCGGGAAAGAAUCUCAAGACCGAUUUGAAAUGGCAUCCCGAUCAUCCUCAGAAUCAGAGACACCUGGCGAACAUUCGGAAUCUGCUUUACUAUCUCCGAAUUCGAAAUCUCGACUCGCAGGCUAUCUCGAAGCCGAACUUCGCGAUUUCCCCGGCGGAGACAUAAUCACCGCCGAGAGCGUUCCUCAAUGGACGUGGCCUCGAUCCGCGUGUCGUCUGUGGAUUUUUCUCAUGGUUCUGCAGAAAUGCGAACGCGGUACUAUCAUCGCCUACGAAACGGCACGCAAGUUUAAUGGGUUCGGACCGGCGUUGUAUAUCAUGUUUAAGAGCGAGUGGCGGAGCUUGCUUCAUGAUAGUCCUGAGGAUAGUAUGACGAUCUAUUAUUAUUUACUGGCGAUGAGGAAUGAGAAGGGGGCGGUGCCGCCGGCAUUUGAGAUUUCACAUUGUUGUUGA